CCAGCCACACUAAUUAUCACUAACAUUCUUCCUUUUGUUUUUACAGAUGAAGUAAUAGUGAGAAACUACCAUACUUUUGUUAAGUUGCUAUUAUUUCAGAAAUACAAGACCUGCAACCAAACAGCGUUUCGGGGAAAUCUGCGGAGGUGCUCUGUGAACAUAACAAAGCUCAGGGGUUGAGAGCCAUGGCUAUUGUGAAAGAUUUUCUCCUCCAGAUUCCCAGCAUGGUGGCAUGUUUGGGGGCUGUGCUGUUUCUGCUGGCCCUCUACCGUCUCUUCUUCGGUUCCAGUUCUGAGGAGCAGGGGAUAAAUCCUCCUGGACCCAGGCCACUGCCCUUGCUUGGCAACAUUCUAAUAAUGGAUCUCAAGAGACCCUACCGUACUCUCUGUAAGCUUUCCAAAAAAUAUGGCUCGGUCUUCACGAUGCACUUUGGCCCCAAGAAAGUGAUCGUUCUGGCAGGAUACAAGACGGUCAAAGAGGCACUAGUUAACCAGGCACAGGACUUUGGGGACAGGGACAUCACUCCGGUGUUCCAUGAUCUCAACCAAGGACAUGGGAUUCUGUUUGCCAAUGGAGACUCAUGGAAAGAGAUGAGACGCUUUGCUAUGACAAACCUUAAGGAAUUUGGAAUGGGCAAGAAAGUGAGCGAGGAGGAAAUCCUAGAGGAAAUUGCUUACCUAAUUGAAGAAAUUAAAAAACAUGAGGGGAAGCCAUUUGACACCACAAAGCCUGUGAUCUCUGCUGUCUCCAAUAUAAUCUCGGUCAUUGUGUUUGGCAGAAGGUUUGAAUACACUGAUCCCAUAUUCAACGAUAUGAUGGAUAGGUCUAUUGACAGCUUACGCCUUACAGCCUCUACAUCAAUUCAGAUAUACAAUAUGUUUCCCUGGUUGGGACCAUGGAUAAAGAACCUGAAGUAUAUAAAAAAGAAUGUUGUCGGGGCAAAGGCGGAUUUAAUGGAGAUCGUUAGGGGCCUGAAGGAGACUCUCAACCCCCAGAUGUCUAGAGGCUUUGUGGACUCAUUCCUUGUCCGAAAACAGACCCUGGAGGAAUCGGGCAACAUGGAUUCUCUCUACCAUGAUGACAACCUGAUGUUUAGUGUCACUAACCUGUUUGUUGCUGGUUCUGACACCACCGGGAUCACCUUGUGCUGGGGUCUGCUGCUCAUGGCCAAGUACCCCCACAUACAGGACAAGGUCCAAGAGGAGAUCAGCAGGGUUAAAGGAAGUCGUCAACCUUUGGUAGAAGACAGGAAGAACCUGCCCUACACUAAUGCAGUGAUACAUGAGACCCAGAGAUUGGCCAGCAUUGUACCCAUGUCUAUCCCUCACACCACCAGUCGAGACAUUACCUUCCAGGGAUAUUACAUCAAGAAGGGGACGUGUGUGAUUCCUUUACUGACGUCUGUUCUUCAUGAUGAGGGUGAAUGGGAGAGCCCCCACACCUUUAAUCCCGCCCACUUUCUGGAUGAGCAGGGCAGAUUCAUCAAGAAGGAAGCCUUUAUGGCUUUUUCUGCAGGUCGUAGGGUGUGUCUGGGGGAGAGUCUGGCCAGGAUGGAGCUUUUCCUCUUCUUCACCUCCCUCAUGCAGCACUUUCAUUUCUCCCCUCCUCCUGGAGUAACAGAGGAUGAUCUGGACCUCACACCAGCCGUGGGGUUCUUACUCAGUCCUUUACCCCACCAGCUGUGUGCUGUGAGUCGGGUCUGAGGUGGAGGGGCGAGAGUGACAUUUUAAACAUUUACCUAUAUUUACCUAUAUCAAAUUCAAUUAUUAUUUACAGUUGUGCUCAAAAGUUUGCAUACCCUUGGAGAAUAGAUAAUACAGGUAGUCGGCGACUUACGACCGGGAUUCGUUUCCGACCUACCAGUCGGAAGUCAAAUUUGGUGGUGAGUCGUCCAAGGAAAAAUAA